GUAGUAUGUUACCAAACCCAGACGAACAAGGCCAUUACUUCCAAGGCGAUAUCGACAUAGAUCCGGAUGAAGUGAUCCACAGGUUUAAACAUAUGGGAAAGUUCAGAAACAGAUUCAAUGACUUUUACUGUAAAUACUACUGCUGGCCUGGAGGAAUCGUUCCCUAUUAUUUUGAUCCUAAUUUCGCAUCAUUGGAUGAGUCGUACGGAGGUCUGCUCGGUGCAUUUGGUAAGAUCUCUUCAGCGGUAAUAGAAAUGGGAACACCAUAUGACUACAGCUCUGUCAUGCAUUACUCCAAUU